UACAAGCGGAACUACGUAGCUAAUACUGUUGUAACAGGGAUCCUUAUUGUAGCAACACACUGUUGGAGGGAAGGCAAUCCUGCGCUGCUAGUUAGCUAAGUUUUCAUGUCAUCGGGUGUAGUUCAUAAAGGUUGAAGAGUGUAUGUUAGGAUGAAGUUUGAAUUCAUGCCAGGAAUAAUACGUGUGAAGUUUGAUUUCCUCCCUUCUGUAUAAGCAGCCAAUUAGUUCUCACGGAAGGUGAUAAUUCUGACUAAAACUACAGAAUAAAGCCGCCAGUUAAAAUCAAGGAAUGGUUGUGCUCGUGGUUACUGAAGGGAGCUACAGUGAGAACUCAAUGCUCUUCACGAACAAGAGAGAAAGAAGAAUCUCAUCCAGCUGUAAAACGUCUACAAGAUUCCCAAAUCCUGGUAGACCCUGUCAUCUGCCAGAUAAGAGUUUUGCACCUACCUGCAAACUAAGAAGAAAAUCUCCACAUAAGGAAGCAUCGUGAGGCUACAUAAGGUCAAGACUAACAGGAAAUUCAGACAUGCAAGUACAAGUCAAGGUGUUUGAAGGUGGUCCUAGCCUUGUGAACAGCUAAUAAGAGACUUUAAGAUUACAAUUCGUAAGGACUGGAGAUAGUUGUCUAUUUCAUAAAGACUCUGGUAUUAUGUAUUUGCUCUUUCUAUCUUAAUUAAUCGCUGGUAUGUGUAUUACUGGAAAGGGUCAGCGUACACCUAUUAAUUCUAUUUUCACCUGUAAGUUAAUAGUGUAAUUGUUUGGUAAGGUGUUUGUUCAAGCCUUUGUUACAAGCAUUAUACAUGUUUAUACCACGUACUAAGGUUUAAAUUACAGCGAAUUAGAGUAUAAAUCACCUACUCACUUAUCCAAACCUUAGCUCGAAUUGAUUUGACUUGACUUAGAAUGUCAGAAAGAGGUAGUUUCACUAAAGGUGAUAGAAAUGGGGUGGGUCAAGUUGAGCAGCUGCAGCAACACCUCACAAACUUCGAGCCUUCAUCAGAACAAACAGAACAGCAGGAAGAGGCCCAGACUGGUGUGGAGUCACUUCGGCCAGUGAAUGAUGAUACAGAGGCUGCUAAUGAGAUAGCACAACAAGAGCCACGAAAAGGUGAGAUGGUCCGUAGGUUAACUGAAAAGGGCAGAGAACUGCGCAACGAAAGAUGGAGACAGCUCGAACAUCGUUUCAGGGUCAGCUAUGAGAAGUGGAAGACUCUAGUAAAGGAAGCAAAACUGUCACUGACAGGCUGUUGCUCUGAAGACCUACUAGAAGACCUCUUAAACAAGAUUAGCCAUACCUCUACAGAGCUAAACCUUGUCUAUGUAAAUUUGCGUCAAAUCGACAUUCCCGACAACGAUAUACGACGCAGAGUUGAUACUUGUGAAGCAGUUACAAUGUCUAUUAUCAAGACUGUAAGGUGUCAUUUAAAAGGCAGGGAAGAAGGUCAAAGUAACCAGAUAGAGUUGCACUGGAAGGACAGCAAUUCCUUGUGCAUGUCCGAACUCUCACAUAAGUCAAGUCUCAACUAUCAGCACUCAAGUGCUUCCUCCCAGUCUCAAAGCAACUCAAAGGUCAACUCCAGACGCUCAAGCGUGUCAUCUGUCAAGAGACAAGAGGCUGUGGCGGAAGUUGCUGCUAACCAAGCAGCUUUAGAAGUAAUGGUUAAGCAAGAACGCCAACUAGAAGAGCUUCAGAGACUUGAAGAUGAAGAUAAGAAGAGGACAGCGGAGCAAGAAGCUGAGGCUGUGAAACGCAGCUUAGAAGAAGCUAGGCUGCGAGUCAAGUUAGAGGUAGAAAAUGCUGCCAGACGAAGGACACUAGAAGACAAGCGUAGAGAGUUAGAGCGCCUAGAAGUGCUCAAGAAACUAAAUGCUGCCAAGGCGCGAAUGCAUGUGUAUGAGCAAGAUGAAAACUCAGAGGACGAGAAGAGAGAACUACUCUAACUGCAAAUCUGUGAAAGAAGUCAUGCACAGAAGAGGCUCAUUUCACAGUCUCUCACCACAACAUGUUGUGACAAGCACACAACAAGAAGACGGCACCAAGACCAUGUUCAGGUUACUAGCGGAAUCCAUCAGUGAAAGCCUCCUCCCCAUACCAGAACCAGUAACAUUCAAUGGAGAACCACUCUUGUUCACUGACUGGAAGGUCUCUUUUCAGACUCUGAUAGACAGGGAGAACAUACCAGCAACUGAGAAGAUAUAUUACUUGAGAAAAUAUAUUGGUGGGCCUGCCAAGAAAGCCAUCGAAAGUUACUUUAUGUUAGGAACAGAGUCAGCCUACUAUGCUGCAUGGACCAUUCUUGAAGAAAGGUAUGGAAACAAACAGCUUCAAGGAAUACCAUUGUGCCCUGCCAGAAGCUGUCUGGUUUGCAGGUUAGAGGGCUUUACUUGGAGAAGAAAAUCCCUCUGCCAACGACCUACUCGAGAGAGUUUAUUCCUGCAAACAGAUCAUAUUCUUACUCCAGAGACUGCAAGAGCAUGGUCUCAUCUUGAACACAUUGCAGAGGAGAUUGCUCCUCAACAGAGCUGUGAUGUCGGUCUCUUAAUUGGCUACAACUGCUCCCAGGCUCUCCUUCCAAGAGAAAUUGUGUCUGGUAAGGGAAAUCAGCCUUUUGCUCAGAGAACAGAUCUUGGCUGGAGCAUAGUCGGCUAUGGAAAUCCAUGUAUCGACUAUGGCAACCCUAUUGGAGUGAGUCAUCGGGUUAUCGUUAGAUAGGUGAUGCCAAGCCUUCAAUCUUUUACCAACCUCACAAAUCAAGUACACUAUGUUUGUAGAACACGUGUAAGAGAGGUAAUCACAACACGGGACAUUAUCAAGACGCCUGAAUCUGACUUCAACGAGAGAGCUGCAGAAGAGGACCUCAUAUCUCAAGAGGAUAUCCAGUUCCUGAAGAAAAUGAAAGAGGGCAUCAGACGUAAGGACAAUGGACAUUAUGAGAUGCCGCUGCCAUUAAAGGAAGAAAGACCCAAUCUGCCAAACAAUAAAACAUGUGCAGUUCACCGACUCAAGUGCCUGGAAAGGAGGCUAAGGAGAGACAAGCAGUACUACAAGGACUACACAGCAUUCAUGGAAGAGACUAUAGCUUGUGGAGAUGCUGAGAAGGUCUCUAAAGAGGAAAUUAACAAGCAUCCAGCAUGGUACAUCCCGCACCAUGGUGUUUAUCACCCACAAAAGCCUGGGAAGAUACGAAUCGUCUUUGACUGCUCAGCUAAGUUUCGAGAGACGUCCUUGAAUGAUCAUCUCCUUACCGGUCCAGAGUUGACAAACACAUUGCUGGGCGUCCUUUGUCAUUUUCGUAAGGGUCCAGUUGCAAUCAUGUGUGACGUAGAGCGCAUGUUCCACCAGUUUCAUGUGAAAACAGAAGACCAAGAUUACCUACAGUUCCUUUGUUGGGAGAACGGAGAUCUAGAGUCUCAACCCUCAGUGUAUCGUAUGAAGGUCCACUUGUUCGGCGCAGCUUCAUCUCCUGGUUGCACCAACUAUGGUCUCAAACAUCUUGCUGCCGAAGGACGAGGAAGCUUCAGCGAGAAGUCUAUCCAGUUCAUAGAAAGGAACUUUUAUGUUGAUGAUGGGUUGAGCGUAUCGUCUGAAGCUGAAGCGGCCCAGCUGGUGAAAGAAGCAAGAGAGCUUUGCAGCAUCGGCAAACUUCGGUUGCACAAGUUUAUCUCUAACAGAAAGGAAGUUAUAGCCACAAUUCCCAAGGAAGAACGUGCCGAGGGUGCCAAAGACCUGGAUAUGGCUCUGGGUGAACCACACAUGGAGAGAGCGCUUGGUGUACUGUGGUGUGUCGCAUCAGAUGAGUUCCAGUUUAGAGUAGUUGUCAAGGAACGCCCACUCACAAGAAGAGGAGUGUUGUCUACAGUAGCCUCUGUAUAUGAUCCGCUUGGGUUUGUGGCACCCUUUGUCCUGGCAGGGAAGCUUGCAGCAGGAUGUGUCGUGACAAAAUCAACUGGGAUGACCCCUUCCAGAUGA